UAUUACCCUGCAGGCCCCCCAGCUGCCCGACACGGCCCCCCAGCUGCUCUCGGCGGCCGACAAGUACGACUUGUCGGCCCUGAAGGCUGCCUGCGAGUGGCAGCUGAUCUCGCAUUUGGCCGUCGAGACCGCAGCGGCGACGGCCGUCACGGCAGUGAGGCACUCGUGCCCGGACGCCACGAGGGCUGCCGUCGCCUUCAUAAAGGACCACCCACAGGUGAUGGCCACGCAGGGCUGGGCGGACGCUCUGCUCGAGUACCCGCAAGAAGUCAUUGAAGUCAGCAGUAUGCUCAGUGAGCCACCAGCAGAAGCCAGCUCGCAGAGUGCCACAGGGGGCGGGUCCACCCCUAAUUCUGACCGUCAACCACACAGCGGCCACAGCCGGACUCCUGCUGGAGCUGCGCCUCCCACGUCUGCCCAACACACCCCUCCACCUGAUGAUGCAGCCGUCUCUCGCUUCCGGAGCGUUUCUGGGGCAGAGCGAGGCAGGAGGCUGAUGGAGGCGGCUAAGGCGGGGGCGGUGGAGGAGUUGCGGGCGUUGCUCGCGGCUGGGGCAGACGUGGGGGCGAGGGACGGCGGCGGGUGGACCGCCCUGCACUGGGCUGCACUGAGAGACCACGCGGCUGUGGUGCGGCUGCUGCUCUCUGCGGCGUCCGACACCAACGCCAGGGAUCACAGGUGGCGAACGCCGCUGCACUGGGCGGCAUGGUUUGGCCACGCAGAAGCGGCGGCUGCGUUGCUGCAGGGCGGAGCCGACAGGGGGGCGACAGAUGAACGUGGGGAGACCCCCCUGGACAUCGCCAGGCUGUACAACCGGCAGCAGCUCGUCGAGAUGCUAACAGAGCGUUGAUACGUGCCACUAGAGAAAAUGUCAUGUACUUCACUGUACAUAAUAUUAAAAUAAAAAAUUGAA